AUACGGGAGCAGCCAGCCAGGAGAUCAGUCCCCGCGCGGACGUCACAGCGAGUGGACGUGUCGUUACCGCUCCUCCUCCUCCUCCAGUGACGCAAACAUACGCGCGCUCCAACACUUGUUGCUACUCAACCCCAGACAAACACGCAUUAAACUUUGCGAAGCAAAAAGCUGUAGUGGUCAUUGGCAUAACACAAGAUAUACAAACGGGAAGUUUAAUACAUAGACAAAUACGCUAGUGCUGUGGAAAUAAAUGGCACAGACUUACAUAGUGAAGAUCGCAGAAAUUACCUCUUGGUCGAGAGAGAACAGAGCGAUUGUGAGAAGAGUUAUGUGAAGGAUAAUUACAUUAUUCCACCAGUGAUCGAAUUUAUACAUUUGCUGCUACAGAAGUCAAGGCGAGUGGUGGAAGUCAAGGACUUACAUACACACAGUACAACGUGUUAGACCAGUAACGAGGUCAAGCACCCACCGUGACCCCAAGAUGACCCGUCCUGCGUGUGUACUCUCCUUCACUCUCUCUGGAAGAGCCAUCUCGUCGUGUGAAGAUGACAAGGGACACCGGGUCACUAGACCAUACUCCAAACAGGAAAUGUAGCAACCUCGUUCUCAGGGAAGAACGGCUUCUCUGAUUCAUGAGGAAAUUCACCUUCCAUGACUUGAUACAAUCGAAGAAACGUGUCGCAUAUGUGCAUGGCCGUCUGGAGACUCCCGGGAGUGACAUCACAGCUACAGCCAUCUCCAUCCCCCGAUUCAGAUUUUCUCAUACAACCCUCAAACAUAACUGUUCCAGAGGGUGAACGGGCUGUCUUCAAGUGCCUGCUUGCGGGCCCAGUUCACUUAUGUCGCUGGUACUUCCUGGAACUGGGCUUUAACUUCUUUGAUAAACGUGUAUCACCUGUAUUAGUCAAAGAGUUUAACCCAGCCCAUGAAAGGGACUGCUCCAUCAAAAUUAAACAGGUUCGAAAAGUUCAAGAGGGACAAUGGUUGUGUCAAGGUCAUAAUUUUCACUCUACAAGAUUCCACAUGUCCAAACCAGCUGUUCUCAGAGUUAUCACUAAAUCUGAAAGUGUCACAUGGGAACCCCCCUCAGACCACACCCAGUUAACUUCUCGUGAGGGUCGCAGAGAGAACAAUCCUGAAGAGGGAUCAGAGUAUGACCAACAUGGUGGGAAAAGUUUGAAAACCCACAUAUUAUUUGAUUCCACUCAUGAAGACUACAUCCAGGAUGUUCCUAUUGGAGAAUCUGCCACUCUCAAGUGCCAAAUAAAUAAGCCCAUCUCUUCAUGUUCUUGGAUCAUGCCCCAUGGAGAUAUGUUUAAUAUGUCACAAGAUGCAGAAGACACUAACAAACCCUCCAAGUAUACACGAGACUAUAGACUGGAGGGUGACUUGAGUGAAGGAAAUUGUACUUUGCGUCUCCGUGAGGUACGGCAGCAGGACGAGGGAAACUGGCGUUGUGUGGUACAUGUGGGAGAGGAAGCGAGUGUGUUUCAAGGGCCUCUUCUGCACCUGCAUAUUAUUGACCCUGACAAUGCCUCCCUUCAUGACCAUGAGGGUACACCUUUGGUAGAUCCUCAAGGCAACUCAUCGAACUUCCUGGUGAUUGGUCUUGUAUUAAUAACAGCCAUUCUCCUUGUCCUUGUCAUCAUGCUUUUCACUUGUCUGUACCGUCGAAUGAGUGCAAAUUCUGAUGAAACUCGGAAGAUACUUCAGAUAUCUCCUUAUAACAGUAUGGAUCUUCCUCGCAAAACACUGCCAACCACAGACUUCACAGCUACUUCAGUUAUGGCUGUAGAACCCAUUAAGAAACGUCCACAGCAGUAUAUAGACUUGGAUCAUUAUAAUCAGUACUUGGAUAUGACUGGAACUGGGUCAAAUGCUGAUGGAUACAUUAUGAUGCCAGGCUCUAGCAUUAGAUCUUCAACAUCAUCCAGAACAACACUGUCAACAGUGUCUACUCUUCCUAUUGGCCGUUCUCGGUCUGCCAGUAACAGUACAUCAGUGAGUGAUGGUACACCACAUUGGAGCACAGCAAUAGACAAUCCUUCCUAUAAUCCUGAUGUUGAUUUUGAUAAAAACUUUCCUUUAAAUCGCCCAACCUCUGUAUACAGUACAGAUCAUGUCUACGAGGAAAUAAAGGAAAAGAAAGAUAAUUCUGGAAAAAUGGAAAAAAUAGUUGAAGCCACAACACCUGAAACUCCAACUUACACAAAUAUUAUAGAGGAUUCUGAGGGCUAUAUGAUCCCCAAACAGAGUCCUUCCAGUGAGAAUCAACCUGUGGCACAGUUUCCUGACACCCAAAAAUCCAUUUCUAAGCUUCCAUUACCGGCACCACCACAGGCCAUUAACACUAGUAUUAUUCCCAUUCAAUCACAAGCAUCUACUGGAAAUCAGACUCCUCCAUAUUCUCGCUUGGGUCAAAGUGGUCUGGUGCCUGGAAGUCCAACAUGUCCACCUUCGAGUAAUCUUGGCCCCGGAUACUCAAGAAUUGGCUCUUUGUCUGACCUCAUGGAAAGAUACGAUACUCCACGUCCCAUCCCAAGUGACCCCAUGGAACGAUAUGACGUGCCACGCCAUGUUCCAACUGAGGUUACUUUUCCAUCUAACAUUCCCAUAUCAACAGAGGUCAGUGUAAAGGGACUUGAUGGUACAGUUGUUUGAACCAGUUAUGAAGGCUGGAUGUAAUUAAAAGAACAGUAAUAUGACACUAUUCUUCUAUACUGUUUAUGUGAGAGUUCAUGAUGCACAUUUACAGUUAUUUACCUCUUAUCCGUACCAGUUGGGACCAACCAUUCUUGAAUAGUUGGUAAGUUCUUAUAAAUUGCCUCUGCCCCACCCACUGUCUUGAUGAAAAAUAAAUACUGAAUUCAUCAAAUCAGAUGCAUUAGAAAACUCAUGUUCGAAUAAAAGAUGAAUAACUGUAGAUAUUUUAGCAAUAAUAAAUAUGAAUGCAGACAUGAGCAGUACAGUAUUAUUAUGAAAAUAAUACACACAAGAAUAUAGUACAGUAUGUAUUUUAAUAAUGGCAAUAAUAAAAUGCAAGAAGUAAACAAAUAAUAAAUUAACAAGACAAUGUUGAUGUUUUUAUAUGAUGCCACAUGUUAUCACUUUCCCAUUCUGAUGAUGGUAAAAUGUGUCGUGCAUACUUUAGACAGUAAACGAUUCGACAAUGCUAAAAUGCAUCAUCCAAGUGCUAUUCAUAUACAUUUGUACAGUAUAUUCAUCACCAUUGUGCAUUAUCUAUUAUAAAAACGCUUUUGAUUUUGCAUUUGUUCACUAGAGAAUUCAUUUGCAAAUAUUUUGACACCAAAUUUACAGCUAUAACCCAACAACUUAGAAAAUGUAAAAUGAUUGUGACUGCCAGUAUUUUAAACGCUGCUAGGUGCAAUCUGCUGAACCUGCUAUGUUUAUGGCCAGGAAUGCACGGAGAGGAGCAUAAUCUAUUAUAAAUACACUUUUGCUUUUGCAUAUAUUCUCUAGAGAAUUCAUUUGUGAACAUUCUGACACUAAAUUUAUAGUUAUAACCCAACAAAUAACUUAAAAAUUGUAAAAAGAUUAUAUCAAAUUUUUGCAUCGUUGAGCAGCCUGCAAGUUGGCUGGGGGAGCCCAAAACGUUUACAGUCAAGAAUGCACAGAGGCGCCAGAUCACCAACGUGUUAGAAAACAUUACAGGGAAUGCCAACCUUGACAUACAAUAUAUCAUGCAAUUUUGCCACUUUCAGUACAGUACAAGUACCUUAAUCCUUUGGUACAUUUACUGCACUAGAUCUCAUUUAACCGAGGACAACAAAAUAAAAGCUGUAAGAUCCAGGGAAUACAUACGUUACUUCAGAGCUAUUAGUUCAUGUUACUGCCUUGUCUAGUUGAUAGUGUUGCCUUCUUAAAGAAGCUAUAGCAAUGUCUUCUUGUAAAAAAAAAAGUCAGGUUUGCAGUGCAGUACCUCUUAUUCUUAUACAAAUAACACUGUUCCAGCAAUAUAUAAGAGUAUGCGUGUAAAAAUAAUUUGUAUGUAUGUACGUAGUCUUCCUCUCAUCCUCUCCCAUGAGCAUUAACUGCUGCCUCAACACAUUGACUCCAUUCUUAAGUCUUUAUUCCUUUCAAUGUAAAUAUUUAUAAUAAAUAUAUCUAUUUCAAAUUA